GAUAUCUCACCACAGUCUAAACCUCAAAAACCUCUUCUUCUUUUCUUUGUAAUAUAUUAUCGAAAAUGAAACUAAAACAAACCAGAGUGAUGUCGUUGUUCUUGUUAACCCUAAUCUCAACAUUGGUUUUCCAACCAUCAGAAGCUCGUCAAAAUCCAAACCAAAUAUGUACGAAAGAACAGUUGUCGCCAAUAGUUAACAUACCAGGAUGUUAUGAUGCGGUGAGAUUAGCAGCGGAGGCAGACGUCAGAUGGCUAUCAAGAGAUUGUUGCAGAGCUGUGAAAAUACUUCCUGAUUGCCUAUUGGUUGCCUUUCCUCGCAAAGUAGCUUUAAAUACAAAUAUCUUCAAAAGCAUUUGUGUUGGAAAGUACCCUCCUGCAUCAAUCUUAUAAUUUGUGUGUGUUUCUUUACAAUAUUCAUAAAAUAAAUCAUAUUUCCUGUUAAAUUUCUGGUAAGAAAUUCGCAAACAACCAUAUAUAUGUCUCAUCGAAUGCUUUUUGUU